AUGGAUCGCUAUGGCACCAGCUUUAGUCCCGAGAUCGCGAGCUCCCCUGUGCUAGACGACACAGCCCUGUUACUUAGCAAUCCAGCCUGGCGCGGUGGCACAACUAUUUCCAACACCGUCAUCAGAAAUGUGACGGCUUUAACACACACACUCACAGUUUCGACCCGCAUCGCCGAGAAUAUAACGGUUCUGGCCUCCAAGUAUGCAGCAACCCAGAAUGGCGUCAUUCAGGGUCUACUAUACGUCCCCGACCUUUCCGAGAGAUACCCUUGUGUGGAUAACUUGACCGCAUACAUACCAGAAAGCGCUCCUCGUCGUGCUCAGCUUCCGCCCGCUAAUAUCAACCUUAUCGCCCUUGUGCCUUGGAUUAACGCCCAGUGUGCUCGACACUUCUUGAUCUCAGCUCGUCAAGACCCGGUUCGAGGUCUCAUCUUCUACAAACCCGACAACUCGACCGAAAAACCUCCCAAGGGUAGUUCGGAUGAAUGGGAUAUUGGAGACGGUGGAAAAUGGAGAUCUCAAGCUGGAUAUCCCAUCUAUGCCAUGUCAGGUGCCGCUGGUCAGCGAGUUAUGAACCAGUUGAGCUUGUACUCGGGUAACGUGUCGGAAAUACCCUUUGGUGAUAGAAUCGCCCAAGUGUAUAAUCCUAGCCCGGGCGAUUUCGUACGAGUAUGGACCGAGUUGUCGGUUUCAACCGACACCGCUCUACCUGGAAUAUGGGUCUACAUCCUGAUCAUCAUUGGUGUUCUCCUGGGUGCUAUUAUCGGGAUUUCGCUCUUGAUGCAUUUCAUCCAAGCCAAGCGUCGCUCAUCCCUGCGCAGACGUGUUAUUUCCGGCGAGGUCAACCUAGAACGAAUGGGUAUCAAGCGAUUGAGGGUGCCUAUGGAGGUCAUCGACACGUUUCCUCUUUUUACUUACCAUUACGAGCCGGACAGCAUCAGUGUGCCAACAUCGCCGAGAUCUUUGCGUCCCGAUAGGCCCAGGGGAGGCAGUCGCACUCAGUCGGAAGCAGCCACCGCGCAGUCCGUUUCUGGGCUAACCGUGGCUAUGUCAGAGAAAGCCCCCAGCACCGUUGCGACCGACUAUCAGCCCGCAUGCGCUAUCUGCUUGGAACCGUACCAGAACCGAGUUACGGUUAUCCGCGAGAUUCCCUGCGGGCAUAUCUUCCACACGCAAUGUAUCGACGAGUUUCUCAGCGAAAACAGCUCGCUAUGUCCGAUUUGCAAAGCUUGCAUGCUGCCCAGCGGGUACUGUCCCAAAAUUACCAAUGCGAUGGUGCGGCGAGAACGGGCGGUGCGACGACUACGAGACCGGAUAACAGUCGAAGAUUCUUGUUCGGAAUACGAAAUGGUUGAUCAAGGAAAGCCAAUCCGGGGGGGCAAGAGUCUUAGGAGCUUACUGGGGGGAGGAGGAGAUGACUCCAAAGCUGCGGAUGCAGCAACAAUUGCCACGACUCCAUCCCGAAUGUCAAUCAGACAGGGCUCUAUCCAACGCGCGGGCCGAAAGCAACAAAAACAAGUCGGAAGCAACAAUAAUGGUAAUGUGCAGAGGGGUAGUCCUCCUGUGCUCGGGAGGAAGCGGAUGCGGGAACUGGCUGGCGGAUCUGAUAUCGACGACGGGGAGUCACGAGCACCAGCCUGGGAGAGAUUACGACGCAAAGUAUUCCCAGGCUUCUAG